AUUACAUUUUAUUCAAUUAUAAUGAUAUGGUUGGCUUGGCUCCCACAUGUUCAGUUCUUCCUGGUUUCUUGAUGACAUCAUCUUUAUGCCUGGUCAGGUGACAUUGCUGUUGAAUCGUAGGAGCGUGGUCUCGUACGAGCAGCUUCUAUUGGACGUCUCCGAGGCGCUGGGGUUCCCUCGCUGGCACAGGGCCAGAGUCACACGCCUCUACACACCACACGCACGAGAGGUGCGAGGUGUGUGUGAUUUCUUCCGUGGCGAAGCAGCGUUCCUGGCAUUGGGAAAGUCUCGUCCAGAGCUCCGGAGUGUCGAGGAGGCCCUGGAGGAGCUGUUUCCACAACAUUCCUGUUACCGCAACGACGCACUCCAGGCCUGGGAGAGGAGGUUACAACCUUCACCUGAUAAAGCUGCCAAGGCCGACAGCGGAUACAGCGAGGGGACAGACAUACACACACACCCUGACAAGGAUACACACACAAGCCUCGACACGAACACACAGACAUACAGUGUUACAUACACACAGGGAUGCAACCUGGACACACACACACAUACGCACCAAGACACACUGACACAACCCAAUACACACCCCAAAACACUGACACACCACAAUACACACCCAAACAGGCACUCCACACACAAAAACAAACACCCAACUAGACAGCCCAUACACCCUAUUCACACACACCUCGACACGGAUGCGCACACACAUAGACACCCUAACACGCAUUCUAACCAACACUCCACACACCCCUCUCACCCCCCCAAUCACCUUCAGAGGGUUAAAGUGAAAGUUGCAGCCAGAGAGAUUCUCUCCUCACCGAUAGGUCCCCCCACCCAGGAGGAGGAGCCCCCUCCUCCACUCUGCAGGAACUGUAAGCCUUCUGAAGGACCCAAUCCGAGAGCAGGGAGGGCUCCACUUCCUCCCGUAACCAGGAAGCAAACAGGAAACGGACCAAACAACCAGGAAGUAGAGAAACAUCACGUCGGUCCCACCCCACUCCACACUGGACCAAUCUGCAGGCUUGAUGAGGAGUCCCUCAGCCAAUCAGAACCUUCAUCCUCAGAGUCUAAACAGGAAGAGGCGAGGACUAAACAGGAAGUGAUAUUUGACCUCCCAUCUGAUGGUAGUGAUGUCACCCUGUCAGACAUUGAGCGUUGCUAUGACAUUGGCCGCAUGGUCGGAGACGGGAACUUUGCUGUUGUGCACGAGUGUCAUCGGCGCAACAAUGGGGAAGCCUUCGCUGUGAAGAUUGUGGAGCACUCAAAGCUCAUUGGCCGAGAGCACAUGAUGCAGAAUGAGCUGAGCCUUCUGGGUAGCCUGUCACACCCCCGCGUGGUUCGCCUCUUCACACACCACCACACACACACACACUCCUAUCUCGUCAUGGAGAUGGUUGCCGGGGGCGACCUGUUUGAGGCAAUCGCGGUCCGUGGGAAGUUUCCAGAAGAGGAGGCAGGGCUGAUGGUGUGUGAUGUCAGCGAGGCUCUGAGAUACAUCCACAGCAAGACCAUAGUACAUAGAGAUCUGAAACCUGAAAACCUACUGGUGGAAUGCAGUAGUGAUGGCGUCAGUAGGUUGAAGCUGGGUGAUUUUGGUCUGGCCAUGGUUGUAACAGAACCCAUCUUCACUGUGUGUGGAACUCCCACCUAUGUCGCCCCGGAAAUCCUCUCAGAGACAGGGUAUGGUCUGCCAGUAGACCUGUGGGCAUUGGGAGUGAUACUGUACGUCCUUCUCUGUGGGUUCCCUCCGUUCCGGAGCAGAGACCGAGACCAAGGGGAGCUGUUCCAGAUGAUCAGAGAGGCUCACCUCACCUUCCUGUCACCUUACUGGGAUGACAUCUCAGACGGAGCGCGAGGCCUGGUGAGAGCCUUGCUGCAGGUGGAUCCAACAGAAAGACUGACGGCAGCUCAGACUCUUAUGCACCCCUGGAUUCAGACCACUACUGACCAGUACAGACCAACACAGACCACUACUGACCAGCACAGACCAACACAAAUCAGUACUGACCAGUACAGAACAACACAGAUCAGUACUGACCAGUACAGACCAACACAGAUCAGUACUGACCAGUACAGACCAACCCAGACCACUACUGACCAGUACAGACCAACACAGACCACUACUGACCAGUACAGACCAACACAGAUCAGUACUGACCAGCAGAGCCCAGCACAGCCGAGCAAAGGCAAACACAGACAUGAACCGAUCAGUGCAAACCAGCAGAGCCCAGCAAAGACCAGCACAGAACACUACAGACCAGUACAGAGUCCAACCACAGACCAGUCCCGACCAGCACAGACCGCUACAGAACACCACAGACCAGUACCAACCCCAGACCAACAGCGACCACCACAUCCAAUCCUCCCAGCGCACCACCCACCCACCCAGCCAGCCCCAUCUCCUCACUCCAGCACCCAGCCAGCCCCAUCUCCUCACUCCACCACCCAGCCAGCCCCAUCUCCUCACUCCAGCACCCAGCCAGCCCCAUCUCCUCACUCCAGCACCCAGCCAGCCCCAUCUCCUCACUCCACCACCCAGCCAGUCCCAUCUCCUCACUCCAGCACCCAGCCAGCCCCAUCUUCUCACUCCAGCACUCAGCCAGCCCCAUCUCCUCACUCCACCACCCAGCCAGCCCCAUCUCCUCACUCCAGCACCCAGCCAGUCCCAUCUCCUCACUUCACCACCCAACCAGCCCCAUCUCUUCACUCCAGCACCCAGCCAGCCCCAUCUCCUCACUCCACCACCCAACCAGCCCCAUCUCUUCACUCCAGCACCCAGCCAGCCCCAUCUCCUCACUCCACCACCCAGCCAGCCCCAUCUCCUCACUCCAGCACCCAGCCAGUCCCAUCUCCUCACUCCACCACCCAGCCAGCCCCAUCUCUUCACUCCACCACCCAGCCAGCCCCAUCUCCUUACUCCACCACCCAGCCAGCCCCAUCUCCUCACUCCAGCCCCAUCUCCUCACUCCACCACCCAGCCAGCCCCAUCUCCUCACUCCACCACCCAGCCAGUCCCAUCUCCUCACUCCAGCACCCAGCCAGCCCCAUCUCCUCACUCCACCCCCAAGCAGGACCCAUCAACUGCUCCCCAGCCCCCCGGCAGUAGCACCUCUCAACCGCCCCACCCAAUUUCCCCACCCUCCAUCCUAUCCACAGCAACAUCCAAACCCAGCUGCCACCCACCUGGCAGAACCCCUCAAUCUGCCCUCCCACUCCACCCAGUCUCCAUCCCUCCACUCACCCACCCACCCUGCCUCCCUCCCAACACCCACCCAUUCCCAGCCGAAUACCCACCCAGUCCCAGUCCCAGCACGCAGUGUCCCACCCCUCAACAGCAACACCCAAGCCCCACUUCCCCUCAACCCAUCCUCCUGAAUGAUGGGUUUCCUGAAACUUUAAACGCUUCUCCAGGAAUUGAAAAGAUCUGGUAUUCUGCACAGACCCUGUUCAGGAUUGUGUAUCUGGAACUCACCAAUUGUCAUACACUGAUGUUCAGUUCUAUUCCAAUAAAAUAGUCAUCAACAACUUUACCAUUUAGGUUGUAGUAUUUAGUUCAGUAGAUUAUCUAGCAUAACAGAUAACUCUAAUAGUUUCAAUACAUGUUUUUUUCUGACAAUGUGGUGUAUUACACACACUUCCCCUUUGUACUGCACUAACAAUAAAUAACUUUGAACUGA